UUCAUAUAUGAGCGGGUAAAUCAGAUAUAGCAUAAAUUGUACAAUAUCGUUUUGUUGUAAGCAUUCCGACUAGUUAUUGUUCAGUGGUAUCCAAGAAUGAGUCAAAGUGUCGACGAAGAUAUGAACUCGACGCUUGAACGAGUCGAGAUGGCUGCAAUUGUACGUGGCAUAUUUGAUAGUAUCGUAAACGAACCAAUAAAGCAACUUCAAAUGCGUUUGGAAUUCAUAAAAGAAAAUCGAUUUGGCGAUGUGUGGCGGGAUGACACAGAACGGCACGAGAAAGUCAUGUCUCACGCAAGAGACUUUAUGCAAACUAUCUCCGCUAGCUUUCCCUGCAAACAUGCGGAAGCGGCGGGGCACAUUGAAAAGAGUAUCUGCGAUUUAUUUCUUGAAUAUGUAUACGAAGUGCUUCAUAACUCUCUUCUUAGUGAAAAUCUUUUUCAUGAUUCUUACAAUGAAACAAAGGAAUUGAUUUCCCGUAAGAUAUGGAAGAUAAAAGAGUCAUUGGAAGCUAAGCACGACGAGAGGCCAGACCAAAAAUCCGAGCUGGAAAUGAUGAUUUCAAAAACUGAUUUGUUUGAUCCAAUUCACAUCCAUCAUGCAUUACUUUGUUGUCAAAUUGCCUAUAACUGUCAAAAUCCUGAAUACAUCGAGAAAUGCCUCAAAAAUUUGGAGAAAGAGCAUUUACUCAGCCAAUUAUCUGUGUCGUAUGAGAAUGAGCAUGUGCCCAAAUAUGUCAUGGCCCGUUGUGGGAACGUGUUAUAUGUCAGUUUUAAAGGGAUGAAGUCUCACAUUAUUUCAGGAACGAAUAGUUCAUAUCGAGGUGAUAUUUGUAAAGAUGUCCUUAGCGCUGCUGAGAAAAUACCAUUGAAGUAUUUUGCUCGAGCAUUUAUCAAUAAGCAGCGAAUUGUCUUCUCAGGACAUUCCACAGGUGGGGCAAUUGCUUGUUUAGUGUUGACGUUUCUUUUGGCGAAAUUUAAACAACUGGAAAAGUCGUACCUAGAGUCUCACUUACAGUGCAUAACAUUUGGCCUAAUCCCAAUGGCUGACAUCAUGUUUAGAAAAUACGUUGAAGCCAUACCAGGCGCACAAAGUUGUUUUUCCCACGUCGUACAGAAAGAUGAUAUUGUACCAAAACUUUUCGGAAUGGAAAAUAUAGAUAUGAUUGAGAAUGAGAUUUGGGAGCUAGUUGAACAUGUGGUUAAACGGCCGCUUGAAAUUUUGAGCACAGAACACGCUUUUAGCAAUGUUUCAGUAGCCCUCGAUCGUGUUCUAAAAUUUGUAAGAAAUUUUGGACGCUCUAUAUUGCGUGGUUAUUUCAAUCGCGAGCGCUUUGACCCAUUCGGAACAUAUUAUGUGAUGGACGCUUCAGCAUCAGAUGAAAAGUAUUACGUCGUACCUGCAGAAAAAUCCCAGCGCUUCUUCAUGAUCAAUAAUGAUGAAUAUCCAAGUAUUUGGGACGUGUUACGCAAAUAUCUCAUCAAUACAAUAACGGGAACAACUGAUCAAAAGCGAACUACUGUGCCACUCAUUUAUAAUUUGGAUCAAAAUAUCAUGGGGUUGGACGUCAUCGACUUUCCCGGCGUUGACGAUCGUGAUAAAUCAAUCCCUGAAUUGGCUAAUUUGCUGUUGAGUUUGACGCGAAUAAUCAUAUUCGUGGUUGAUUACAGGAGAGCACACACCGAAUCCACCAAAAAAUGGCUUAGCAUUCUCGAAAAGGAAAAAGUGCCGGUUCUUGUAUGUUUAACUUUCGCUGACAAGCUGUACGCUGAGUUGAUGGGGGAGAAUGGAGAUUGGAAUGCAGAGAACGUGAAAGCUGGAGUGGAAAAUCAAUUUAAGACUAUUAAAGAACAAAUUGGUCCAACUAAACACGGACACCAACGAGAUUUAAAGCUGACGGUGUUUGCCUUUGACAACGACUCUAAACUGAAUACUGAAGAAGGCAAAGAAAAACUUCGCAAAGCUGGUUUGAGUGAUGAGUUGGACGUGGGUCGAUGGAUUGCAGAAAAGUUAGAAGAUUGUGGACAAAAUGAUGUUUCCCAGAAUGUGAUCAGAUUCAUCGAAGGGAAAGAAAAAAGUACCUUGAACUCAAAUGUUAACAGGCUUUCACCAGUGGCAGAACCUGCAACUGAAAGAGAAAACGGGGAUGUACAAAGCGUUCAAGGCAGAGAAGGUACUAUUGGCCAAAAUCCGUCACUGUCUCAAUCGGGAAACGAAUAGAUCAAACGUUUUCGUCUUCAGCGAAAUUUUAAUAUUAACCUUUAUCACUGCAUGAUAAUUAAUAGAAUAAUUUUGCAUUUCACCUUUCUUGUUAAAAAAUCCGCGCUGUACUAUUAAACAUCACUCUUUUUUCGUGCGAUAUAAAAUAUAUACAGGGCAAUUAACGUGGUUUUUUAAUAGCUAUAUAUUAGUCAUUGUUGGAAAUUAUUACAUGACUUCAGAGCUAUUUUAACUGACCCAUAAUCUUUUCGAUUUGUGAUCACAUUUUCACCAACACGCAAGGACAAUAAGUACAACGCGAGUUUUACGGCAAGUAAGAUAUUUUAUAUAACUUGCACCUCAAUUUUAUUAUUCUGUAUUAUAGCAGUAUACUUAUAAUAUUUUAACUCGUAGUAGUGAUUAACUUACUACAAUUAACGUAUAAACUAACAGCGACGCUAUCUUGAACUUCAUGUUUAACGCAAUGCAUUUUGGGUGUUCUAGGGUAAUUCAGUGAACUCUAAAUAGACUGGGACAACAACUUGGCCGCCAUCUUUGAGGCCAAAUUGAAGGCCGCCAUAAAGACUAAGAGUUGAAAGCCCAUCGCAUCUAAGCAUGAGUAAAAGCUUAAAACAAGCAAUGACACUUAGAUUUUACCACAAAGCAAGUUUCUUGAACGUGAAAAGGUUUAAACCUAUUUUUUUUGCUAGUUGAAAGCGAAGUUUUCCGGCGUGUUUAAAUUCUUUAAAUAUUUCAAGUACAAAUUAAGCAGGUACCUCGCCCGGUUUUUAUAGUUCUAUGAUGCGGAUUAUACUAUAUCUCAGAAAGGAUAAAUUCAAUGUUCAAAGUUGAAGUAGUGGAUUGAAAAUGCACUUUUCUGGCAAAUUUUUGUCCAAAAUACAAUUUUGUGCGGAUUUGCUCGCGCGACUCCGCCAUAAUCAGCAAAUUAUAUUCACAUCGGCUUCAUCCAAUGACUGGACACGACUUUAUUGUGGAGUUAUCGUUCCAGUGUUAUUUGAGUUCAUUGGGGUAAUUUAGUUUUUUUAGUUUAGAACUUCGUCAGUGCUGAAAAGGGCGAAUUGUCUUAUGCCAUUCAGUUGACUUAGUGUCCCGGAAAAAAGUACUGCGGUUUGAUUCAUAAUAGCUUCUAA